UUUGACAGUCCACCAGCGAUUUCUAUUAUGGCGCGUCAAGUUGUUUAUUAGAGAUAGUUCGGGAAUAACCUCUUCGUCAUUCAGUUGUUCUGCGGAAGAUUUUCUGUUAUAAAACCGCGUAAACAAGACGAGGUUUGCAUCGUUAAUAUUCCCCAGAGUUAAUUGCCCCCGCCAAAAUCAAUUUUCCUGCAAAAAUGCCUGUAAAGAACGACGGCGAAAGUGAUGGGGAAGGCGAUGUUUCGGGAGCAGAGUCUGACCACUCUGUGUCCAGCCACGGCCAGGAUCAUGAAUCCAGCGCCGAGGAAGUCGAUGAACCCGAUUCCGAUGAUUUCUCCGAUAUGGAUGAAAGCGAGUGCGAAAGGCGGAGGAUCGACUGCUUGGAUAAUUUGAUGAAUCUAGAGAAACAAUUCUUUCGUCUGCGCGAGCAACUCUACAAGGAGCGCAUGAACCAAGUCGAAGUGCAGCUGUCUGAAGUGAGGGUGGGAAAGUCGCAGGAAUACUUGGGGCCCCUGCAGCAACUGGAUGAGAACCUGAAGGCGCGGAAGGAAGUGUCGGAGGUGCUGAAGAAAUAUCGCAUGGAGAACAUCAUGCACAAGUACUUGUCGGAGGAGCAGGCUGCGCGGCAGCACUUUGAUAGCGAAAAGCAACUUGCCAUGGAUGCCAUCCACGAAGAUCUCCUUGAGAAAAUCCGCCGUUUAGAAGAGGACCGCCACAAUGUCGACAUCUCCUGGGCCGACUGGGGUACAAAUACGCGAACCAGUAAAGUUCGAGGUCCCGGGCGCAAGAAGGCUGUCACCGUGUCCGGCCCGUAUAUCGUUUACAUGCUAUCCGAAGAAGAUAUUCUCGAAGAUUGGACCAUAAUACGGAAAGCAUUGAAAAGAUCUGCGGCCGCGAAUACUUGAUAAUUAAUUCUUAGGCUUUAGGUAAUUUAUCGGAAAUUCUUGAUUUAACGGCACCUAAUUUCUACUAUUUUAUUGCUUUCGAAAACGCAAUACUCUACUACGCAUUAAUAAUGGAUUGAGUUAAAAAUUGUAUCUUUCUGCUGGAGAAUAUUUUAAAUUUAUCUUUUAAUCGCAUUGGAUGUUUGAUCAAAUCAUUCUUCUAAAGGAAAUAGACCGAGUAUCUCAUGAAUAACUGAGCGCUCAUGUUGUAUAACUCUUUCAUGAAACUGAAAUUAGAGUUUAGAAUGUUUUACUCUUUCAAUUCGUUAUAAUUUUAGUAUCGAUGUGCAGAAUUCGAGCCGUAGGAGCCAACAAUGUUCUGUUGUUAGGAACUGUUUGACUGUAAAAUAUUGGAUUAGUGUGUCAAGCGAUCUUAGAAGUGCACAUUCAACUCUCGAUGGUUGUAAAAUCGUGCUCUGAACUUAUCUCUAACUUUCUAGAAUAAAUGUAUUUUACUGUGGAAUAAAUUUUUGUAUAAAUUUAAGAAUGUUGUAUAAAUAAAAAUGUGGUUUUAUAGAGAUACAUUAUAAA